UGUGCCGCUUCCCUACGGUACCGAGGUUCAUUUGGCAUACAGGCGGAAACGGGAACACUUGGAGAAAACACAACAUGUCAUCAUAGGGUGAACGUACAAACUGCACACGCAGACAACACCAAAGAUAAGAUCUUUGCACAACACCCUUGGUCAGAAUCGUACCGGCGAUGUGAGGCUGCGCAGCUGCGCCGUGAUGGUGUUGAGAUCUGCCCCGGGGACAACAUAUCAUCUACUCGAGCCUCAAUGUGAAACCAGCGCGGACACAGAGAGAGACUUCGGGAGACGGGGAGGAUUCACACGAGGAUUCACCGGGAGACCCGGUAUCGACGCGCGGGCAGUUCGCGGAAGAGCAGGAGAAGGUCUGGGACAGACUGCUGGGAAACCAGGCACUCGUCGCUUGGUGAAUGGGACACUGGGACAGCCAGUCACGUUACCAGGAUGUAUCUCAGGAGAAAACGAUUCAAUCAUCACUUGGGAUUACCGCAGUUCACCAACAACAGGAAAGAUUCAAUUAUGUACAAAAUCUCAAAACAGUCCAAUACAAUAUAAUAAACAGGGAAUCAGGUUAAACCUGAAGGACUGUAGUCUGGAAAUACAGAACCUAACAGAACAUGAUCAAGGUCUAUAUGAAAUGAACUUAAGGACGAAUCUGACUGUCCAUGAACAAGUGACAGAACUGAAGAUUUAUGAACGAGUGUCAUUACCUAUAAUAACUAUCAGUGAAGCCUUCACCGAAGGGGUGUGUAACGUUAGCUUGGUGUGUUCACUGGAGCACGGCACCGAGCCAGUCUACACUUGGUGGUCAGGAGAUGGCAAGGUCACGGCAGAUGGGUCGCACAUACUGACUGAUGAAGGGAGAAGGCUGGCACUCUCCAUACCUCUACCCAACAACAACAGUGUGUACAACUGCACCGUGAGGAACCCUGUUAGUGAGGAGACGCGGAGCAUGGAUCUAACACAGCUCUGUACUGCCCAUGAAGCUGUCCAGCAACAGCAAGCACUCCAUAUUGGCUUGAUUACUGCGGCAAUUGUGGUGGGAGCUAUCAUCUUAGCUAGCGUUGGCUGCAUGUAUUGGAAGAAAAAACCAAACCACGAUGAAGCUCCUAACACAGAAAGGAGAAGUGAACCACCGCUGUAUGCUGUGAUCGGGAGAGCAAACCAGGCCAGGGAGCAGCCACAGAGACAUUUACGUGAACUGGAUGCCAGUGGAGGAGAGCAAAAUGGAAACGCACAGCUUACCACGAUAUACGAUGAGAUAAAAUUCAACCCCAAUCUGGACACUGCAGGGGCAAGACCGAAUGAGGGAAAGGCGCUCUCUGCCCACCGUUUAUCAUCUGAUACGUGAAAUUUAACCCCCAGCUCGAAUUACGCCUUGAAUUGCACGUCUGCGUUUUGCGUUGAACUGCUUGCUGCAAUACUAAUAGCCGACCCGAAUGGCUUGUUUGUUGGGGGCAGAGACCUGGAACUUGUUUACAACUAGAUCAUUGUUUACAAGGCCAAGGCAAAUGGGAGACAUUCAAGUAGGAAAUGUUGGGAAUACACAGCAAGACCAUAAUUUCUAAGGAGGGAACUCGGUGAAAUAGAGACAUGGAGGUGAUGCCGUGGUUUCUGUCGUGGACUUUAACAUCAAAGGAGCCUGCGAUCCACUGCUGAGGAUCGCCUGUGAAGGAGCUCCAACCACGAGGCCUGUGGACCUUAACACCAUGAAGCCUGCGGUCUCCAGUAAGCAGAGGCCGACACGGGAGCAGCAUGCCGUGGAGUGUUCCAAUCCGUGCCGACCCCGGAGUUUCGAUCAUCCCGACGCGAGGGGUUCGGACAUCAGACCGUCGGCAGUGGCGAGUGCGGAGGGUUCAACCCCGACCACGGGUGAAGAAAGGAGGAAGAUGAUUGCACUUUAUUACCUUCCAUCACAGUGAGGAAUGUGGAUUAUGCUGUGGUGGAUGAUUAUGUUCAAUUUUAUUUUAUGUGACUGUGUGUAUUGUUGCUUUUCACUUGGUAUGGCUGUAUUGGAAGAGGGAAUUAGGAUUUGGAAGAGGGAAUUAGGAGCAACACUAGCAAGUUUGCGGCUGACACAAAGCUGGGUGGCAGUGCAAAAUGUGAAGAGGAUGUUAGGAGGUUGCAGGGUGACCGGGACAGGUUGAGUGAGUGGGCAGAUGCGUGGCAGAUGCAGUAUAAUAUAGAUAAAUGUGAGGUUAUCCACUUUGGCGGCAAAACCAAGGGGGCAGAUUAUUAUCUCAAUGGGGUUAGAUUAGGUAAGGGGGAGGUGCAGCGAGACCUGGGCGUCCUUGUACACCGGUCACUGAAAGUUGGAGUGCAGGUACAGCAGGCAGUGAAGAAAUUUAUUGGAAUGUUGGCCUUUAUACAAGAGGAUUUCAGUAUAGGAGUAAAGAUGUUCUUCUGCAGUUGUAUAGGGCUCUGGUGAGACCACAUCUAGAGUAUUGUGUACAGUUUUGGUCUCCUAAUUUGAGGAAGGACACCCUUGUGAUUGAGGCAGUGCAGCGUAGGUUUACGAGAUUGAUCCCUGGGAUUGAGGGACUGUCAUAUGAGGAAAGAUUGAAAAGACUAGGCUUGUAUUCACUGGAGUUUAGAAGGAUGAGGGGGAUUCUUAUAGAAACAUAUAAAAUUAUAAAAGAACUGGACAAGCUAGAUGCAGGAAAAAAAAUAUUCCCAAUGUUGGGCGAGUCCAGAACGAGGGGCCACAGUCAUAGAAUAAAGGGGAGCAUUUAAGAUUGAGGUGAGAAAAAACUUUUUCACCCAGAGAGUUGUGAAUUUAUGGAAUUCCCUGCCACAGAGGGCAGUGGAGGCCAAGUCACUGGAUGGAUUUAAGAGAGAGUUAGAUAGAGCUCUAGGGGCUAGUGGAGUCACGGGAUAUGGGGAGAAGGCAGGCACGGGUUAUUGAUAGGGGACGAUUAGCCAUGAUCACAAUGAAUGGCGGUGCUGGCUCGAAGGGCCGAAUGGACUCCUCCUGCACCUAUUUUCUAUGUUUCUAUGUAGAGUAACUCAAAUAUCACUGCACCUUAAUUAGUGCAUGUGACAAUAAAUGGGAACUUGAACUUGAAUUCAAACUCAGUGGGCUGAAGGAAUGGUUUCCAUGCUGUAUCUCCAAACUAAGGAGAGUAGGGGUAAAGGUAAAAUCAGAUGGGCCAUGACCUUACUGAACACCGAGCAAGCAACAGCACCGUGAAGCAAACCACUGCUACAGAUACGUCUUGUGGUUUUGUUGAUUAAAAGCUGUCAACUGCUGUGUAUUUCCACCAUUUCCUGUUUGUUUCAGCUAUCGUGCCUAUGUGCAUGAAGUUAGAUUUUAUUUAAUUUUGAAGUAAACUUUAUUUAAAACAAA